UUUGGAAGCUUCUUCGCCGAAAAACCAUCACGCGCCUGACUCCAUCCUCCGUCUUUUCCCCACAGGAACAGGACGCUUAGCACCGCAAUCACUUCCGAUACACGCAGUAAACGCUGAGCUCAUACACAGCAGUAGCAUCACCCGCACCCAUAGCCCGCAAUCAUGCGCAUCAAAAGGCUUACAAUAGGAGCAUACCACCAAGACAGCACCGUCCAUGCCUUCUCGGUGUAUCACUCUCCAUCGCCGGCCCCCGGCGGAGUCGCCCCCGACGUCAACUUCUUUCGCCUGCAAGACCUGGACGCCAUGUUCUUUCGAAAGGACCCCGGCUACAUCCAAAGCACCGGAAAGAUAUCCGCUACCUUCCUCUCUUCCCCCGCACACAUAAUACGGGAUCACGCAACAGGGGAUGUGUAUAUAUCUGCAGCGGCUUUGGAGGAUACGGCGAAGAGACUGGGCAAUUAUUUACUUGCGGAGGUGUCGUCUCUGACGCGGGACCAGGUGAAAACUGGAGUCGCGAACGAUAUGCUGAAGAGCCUCGAUGGAUUCCAGUCGAAGCAGCCGUUUGUUGAGGGCGAACAGGAAUUGACUACCGACGAGGAAGCCGCGAGGAGGAACGGUGGGGAAGGUAGAAGGAGGAGAGAUAAUUCUCGGUCUCCAGAGGCUGAGCCGAUGGAUACAGAUGUUAAGCCACCGCAAAGGCAUGACAGUGGAGAAUCCUAUCGGAGUGGCAGGAGUGAAGCUGGACAGCGUUCCGAGGCGCCCUCUGCAUCUCCAGCUCUCUCAAGGCAAAGGGAAUCAUCCUCCGAAAGAUUGGAGCUUCGGCCACAUUCCGAUGUCGGUCCGGGGCAGUCUCCUGGGAAACCUGCCUUGCGGCUUCAGGACUCUAACGAGUCUUUGCAUAGAGGAUCGACUGAAAUUGACACCGCGCCGGUGAAACGAAACCGCUCAGACGCUGAGCUUUCCGAGUCAGCGCAGUCCGAAGCAACCUCAGAAGCCCUCAAUGAUGAUCCACAAGGCGCAGGACGCCCUAGGCAACGCAAACGGUUAUCCAUCAACACCGCCGUGGGUCACAAUCUCCCGGGACGCAUGUCUUCUUCUGCCCUGAGCGCAAACCCGGAGGUUCUCGAACAGGUUCGCAGCAGUCUUCUACUGAAGCAACAACAGCAGGCUAUCAUUGAGGCGAGGCAAACCGCGCAGUACCAGCGCAAUGGCCCCAUGUCCGCCAAUCCGGACGGGUCUAUGCGACCACCCAUGUCGGCGGGUGGACCAAAUGCGGGGAGUUUCGACCAACGCGGAAAUCGGAGACAGUCUUCGCCGAAAUUCAAGAAAGGGAAAUUGAGCGUCUGGACGGGAGAAGGCACGUCCGGCGCUGGAGGCGGUCCGAACCCUCCGUCUGUGUUGCACCCACCUGCGGGCCGCUCUCAUGGAUCACCGUCCAGUUCCUCCCUGCUUUCGCCGAGACAUCUCAAUCCGCAACCUGGAAAAAGCACGAAACUAUCGGCUCGCGGUGCUGGAGCCCCGACGGGAGCAGAAGCGUCGCGAUACAACCCCGUGUCUAUCAUGUCUCCUCGCGGCGGGGAGUUCCCUUCGCGAGAACUACCACUUCCGACCCCGAUGCACCCUCACCACGGAUCUGGCGCACAGGAUCGUGAUGGCCCGCCUCGGUCUCCGUUGCCACAUAUGGGUCACAGUCAGAAACACUUCUCCUCAAGCUCCUUGGCGCCGCCGCCAUCUCCUGCGUCCGGAUUCCCUCAACAAAGUGGGCACCCAGGAAGCAACAAUCCGCCCCACUCUGCCUUACCGCAAUCCCUGGCCAUCAGCAAGUCUGCAUUUGUUUCCGUCGCCGAAGCGAUGUACGACCAGGUCGAAGAGACGGCCCGGCUGCAGUACACCCUCCGCGACCAGAUCCGUCGCUCGACCGCCAUGCUGCAGACUCUCCAAUCCAGCGGACAGAUGAUCGAAGGCCUCGUCCGUGGCCAUUUCAGGGAAAUGCAAGUCGCAUACGGAGAAAAGUUCGGCAGCGCAUUGUACGAACUCUCCCGCCGCGUCGAACGGCUUGAGCGCGGAACAGCCGCCAAUUCGCGAGCGGGCACCGUCGAGAACGGGUACGACAACGACGAUGAGAAUGGAAACAACAAGGCCGCCCAUCGCCGACAACGGAGUAGCAGCCAUUUACUGGAAACCGGCACCGCGGACCACCACCACCACAGCUCCAGCUCAUCCCGCCACGCCACCCCCGCCGUCAUGCCAACCAUCACAACCACAGCCUCCUCCCCCUCCCUCCCCACAGGUCCAAGCAUAUCCCACCCGCAACAACGGUCCCGAUACAACUCGGCCUCCCCGCGACCCGCCCCCGUCGGCGGUGACUCAUCCACCGCCACACAAGCCGCCGGCGGAUCAUCAUGGGGAUUCAGAGGCGGUCCGCCGACCGCGGUGCCGGAGAACGCGGGGAAUAUGACUUUGCCGCUGCCUGGAGAGACGGCGGCGACGGAGGGGAGGAAGGAGGGGUACGAGGGAACGUUGAUUCAGACUUUGAUGGAGAGGGUGGAGAAGUUGGAAGGGAAGCGGAGGGAGUAGAUUCGUUGGUGGAAUGGGUUUGUGGGAUUCUGAGGGAUAUUGGUGGGGUAGGGAUGUUCUCACAUCCAUGCCCCAGUUCGGAAAACAGUUGAGAAAAGCGAGGGCA